AGUCAGUCUUCUUUUGGAUCGCUAGCAUGCUAGACGUUGUGCUCCAACUUAAAUGAAGAGCAGAAAAAGUGUAUGAAUUACUGAUUCAGCUUUUUAUCAUCGCGAAUAUACUGUGCAAAGUACCGUUGUCAGUACUGUAUGUCAGUUGACCAACUUUAAUAAUUUUGUUGUGUUAAUUAAAAGUUGUUGCUCGGUAAAUUUUCCCGCGUGUGGGAAGUAUUACAUCGAAAAGGACACCACAAUGGCGUCCUUGAGCCGACAGUGCAACCCGCGCGCCAACGUCUUUCUAAUGGUCAACUUGGGAUGUGAAAUGCUUUAUGUGAUUGAUCAACGUUUGAAGGCACAGCAAAUUUGUGACGAGAAGUCUACACAAGUGAUUCACGAUGUGACAGUCGUGCUACUCGAGCCCAAGUUCAUUGAUUCCUUAAUUGUCGGCUCCACGCACAAAAACUCUCAGCUACUUACCGUCGAUCACUGUAAAUUCAUGCUGAACGACAUUGCCACCUCCUCGAUUAUGCGCCUGGACAAAAGUUCAAUGGACAAGUUGUGGAAUCUCAUGACAAUGAUCUACAAAUGGCAACUCUUCAACUCCAAACAUCCCCAACAUUUACUCGACAUCACUUUUCGACACUUGGACGCCAUCAGCCAACUGCGACCCGAUGCGAAACGAACAAUGCUCGUUGAUUUCACGAAAAAUGUGCUACUUGACUUUUGGAAUGAUCUGACCGAAGACACACAGUGGGGUGUCUAUCAUACCAACAAAGCGUGGCUGCAAUGUUUCAACACCAAAAUAUCAUUACUCAUACGGCUCGGUUUCCAGACAUUAGAUGGCCAUUUUGUGCGCGCGCUGGAGGCGAGUUAUUACAAGGAAUUCGUUGAUACGAUUGGUGAAAAUGUGUAUGCAAAGAGCGUUGAAGUUGCAGAACAUCAGCAGCGACACGACAGCGCCGGGGCGACGAGGCAACGUGUCGGCCAAUUGGCGGAAUUAUUAAAUUUUUCACAAACCGAUAGCGAAGAGCUGCAACCGAUCGAUGCGAAUAGUUUUCAAAAACAAUUCGAACAGAAUUUACAACAAUGCAAUAUAUUAUUUUUCGAUUUGGAUGUCAAUGAAGCGGCGACAACAAAUACCACAAAUACAACAACAACAACGAGUGAGAACAAGCAUGCGCAGAAAGGGGAAAAUGAAACGGAUAACAGUGAGGAAGGGAAAGGGAAUGGGGAUGGGGAUGGAGAUGGCGCCAAAGCAAAUCCUGUUGGCAGUGCGCAAAUCUUGCCCGAUUCCUCCUCAACGACGCUCGCGACAAAGCGACGAGCGCAAGGUGAAUUCGUGCAGCUGCCGGCGGUGUAUAGUCGCAAUGCGGAUGGUGGGCGCGCCGGCGCUUUGAGUUUAAAUAGAGAUUUGCUGGAUCUGUAUAGUAAAAUACUGUGAAUAAUGGUGAAGCGUGAAAAUAACGGUUUCAAUAUACACAUACAUACAUAUGAUGUAUAUGAUAUGUAUAUAUGGAGUGAAAAAAGUGACAUUUAUACGCUGUUGGUUUUCAUCUAUUAAAAUAAAUUUUAUUUUAUUUUUUGU